CUAUAAGGUCCCCAGCCCAAGCAGGGUGUCCAGGCUGCGGAGGAGUCAUGGCCAAGUCACAUCUGCUGCCGUGGCUGCUGCUGCUGCCCACUCUGUGUGGUCCAGGCACUGCCAUCGGGACCACGUCAUCCCCGGUCUGUGACCAGGGCCCUGAGUUCUGGUGCCAAAGCCUGGAGCAAGCAUUGCAGUGCCAAGCCCUUGGGCACUGCCUACACCAAGUCUGGGGCCACGCCCCAACCGAUGACCUGUGCCAGGAAUGUGAGGACAUCGCCAGCAUCCUCACCAAGAUGGCCAAGGAGGCCAUUUUCCAGGACACGAUGCGGAAGUUCCUGGAGAAAGAGUGUGACGUCCUCCCCGUGAAGCUGCUGGUGCCCCAGUGUCACCACCUGCUGGAGACUUACUUUCCGCUGGUCGUUGAUCACUUCCAGAGCCAAAUGAACCUGAAGGCCAUCUGCAAGCACUUGGGCCUGUGCAAACCUGAGCAUCCAGAGCCAGGCCAGGGGCCAGAGCUGACAGGCUCUCUGCUGGACAAGCUGGCCCUCCCCCUGCUGCCCGCAGGCCUCCAGGCGAGGCCUGGGCCUCAGACACAGGAUCUCUCCAAGCAGAAGUUCCCCAUUCCUCUUCCCUUCUGCUGGCUCUGCAGGACUCUGAUCAAGCGGAUCCAAGCUGUGGUUCCCAAGGGUGUGCUGGGCAAGGCUGUGGCCCAGGUGUGCCACGUGGUACCCCUGGUGGUGGGCGGCAUCUGCCAGUGCCUGGCUGAGCGCUACAUUGUCAUCCUGCUGAACAUGCUGCUGGACCGCACACUGCCCCAGCUGGUCUGUGGCCUCGUCCUCCGAUGCUCCAGUGAGGACAGCGUGGGCUCAGCCCUCACUGGUCUGGGGUCCCUGCCAGGAGAAUGGCUACCGCAAGACUCUGAGUGCCAGCUCUGCAUGUUUGUGACCACUCAGGCAGAGAACAGCAGUGAGCAGGCCGUGCCACAGGCAAUGCGCCAGGCCUGCCUGGGCUCCUGGCUGGACAAGCAAAAGUGUGAGCAGUUCGUGGAGCAGCAUUCACUCCAGCUGCAGUCCUUCGUGUCCAGGGGCUGGGAUGCCCACACCGCUUGCCAGGCCCUGGGGACGUGUAUGACCCCAUUCAGUCCUCUCCAGUGUGUCCACAGCCCCCACGUCUGAUGACCACUCAAAGCCAUGCCAGGCCAGACCCCCGGCUCCUGAGGACCCCAGCAGCACCAUCACCAGAGCGACUCUCUCGGACCCAUCCACCCCACUUGCCCAGAAUCCCCUGCCCUGACCCAGGCCUCAGGGGAGCUGCCACCUGGCUGAGGCUUCCCUUUCACAGCCCUCCUUGGGACUUGCUGAGCUUCUACAUUUGAUGUAUUCAGACCAACCUAACCUUGCCUGAGGAAAUCAGACUUUGCUGCCCAAGGAUGACAAUCCCUCAGAUGCCAGGAAUUCCUCCAUCACCUGCUGCCUCCCUCCUGAGACACGUCCCUCUCUCUCCCCAUCUUCGAACCUUGGGACAGGGUGGUUCAGAUGCAGCCUCCGUGCGCCUCGGGGCAAGGAAGUGCCUCUGAGAACAAGCUUGGUCGACCUCACAGUUCUGCCCUGAGCGGGACCCCAACAAAAAGGCCAUGUAUUUAUUUCUUCAUUCUUGUUUUAAAAAUGCAGUGAGUGCCUGUAGCCAGACCACAUUCUAGGGGCCAGGGCUAGAGUUGUGAACAAAAUGGUACGCCCCGGCCCUCCUGGGCUCACACCCCAGGGCCCGCCUCUUCCAUCUGGGGCUGUAGGGGUGGGGAGGGUGAGUGGGGGAGCCCAGCCUGCUCCUGAAACCUCUAGAAUCACAAGCCCCCAUGGGAGGCCAGGGGGAGGAAGUGUCUGCUGCAGCUCGGACCUUCCCUGCAAGGGCCAGCUGGACAUCAUCCCUCCCCACUGACGCCAGCUGGUGGGGCCUGGGGGGUCAGGGAGCUGGGCCUUCCAUCCCUGGUGAAACAGGAAAAGCAGUGGAUGGCAUAGGAGCCCCGGGCUCUGGUCCUGACUCUGCUAUCAACUGGCCAUGGGUCCCCAGCCAAGUAAGACACACGGCCCCUCACUGGCCCUCACUGGCCCUGGUGAUGAAGGGGGAGCCCGGUGAGGUGGUCUUGGGGACUCUGCCACUCCUCCUGACUAGGCCCCUCCUCUAGCUCCAGCCCCUGCCCACAGCCACACCCAGAAGACUUCGCUCCCACACCUGCCUCCCCUACCACCUUUUCCUCGAUAGGCCCUGAGGCCUGUGCUCUCAGUGCUGGGUCGGCCAGUCCAUCCUAACUCUAACCACAGCCCAAAACCAGAGCCACUUCCCUCCUCUCUGAGUGUGAGGCAUGGCCAAGGCUGCAUCUUUUGGAGGAGGUCUGCAGAAGGGGCCCUGGGCCACCUUCACCUCCAACCCGAGCCAGCCCAGCUCCCACAGCGCCCCCAGAGCUGGGCCGAGGGGACCUCUUCAUCACAGAAGUUGUCGUGGGCUUCCAGCCCCUCCCCAAGUCCUGGUCCAAGAGGACAGUGAGGGAGGAGCUGGGCCCUGCCCGACUCUGAUCUCCAUAUGCACAAGAUACUAUACAGUUAUUCUGCUAACACUUUUCCACAAUUCAAAAUUCAGAAGAAUAAAAAAUGGAAACAUCGAUCCCAGAAAAAA